AUGGAGAAUUUGUUAAAGAAGAGAAAGGCAGCCAGAGGAUGGGUUCCUAGGCUAGGAAAGGAACUCGUAAGUUUAUUAGGAAGGCCUGUCCUUAGUGCAGUUGAAUUGAAGGCUGUUAUUGAAAAUUUUGAUAUUCGUUUGUCCAAGUUAGAUGAAGUACAGUCAGAAAUAGAAGUUGAGUUAGAAAGUGACUUGCUUGAUGAUGACUUGGACAAGGCCUUUGAGUUUAGAACGACGUCUCUUAUACCUAGGAUUAAGGCUGCUGAGAAACUCCUCGAGUUAGACAAAAAAGGUGACGAUGAUAGUAGUACUACUAAUGGAUCUUCAGGUGCACAAGUGAAGCUGCCUAAGCUAGAACUGCCGAAAUUUAAAGGAGAAGUGACAGAAUGGCAGUCCUUUUGGGACCAGUUCAGUUGCCAUGUAGACAAUUCAGAUAUACCAGUAAUAAGUAAGUUUAGUUAUUUAGCGUCAUUGCUGGAAGGAGAAGCCAAAUCAGUUAUCUCAGGUCUAUCUCACACAAGUGUAAAUUAUAAGAUUGCAUGUGAUCUACUUAAGGAGAGAUUUGGAAGGCCUGAGAGGAUGAUAUUAGCCCAUGUUCAAGCACUUUUAAAUGGCAAGGUUCCUGUUAAGGCAGGAGGCCCUAAGUAUGUUUACCUGCUGUGGAAUCUACAGGAUGAGUUGUUGACGCAUAUCAGAAGUUUAGAGGCUUUAGGUGUAUCUGGUAAGCAGUGUGAAGUUUUCCUGGCGCCAAUUAUUCUUUCUCGUCUUCCGAGUGAAAUACGAAUGGAGUGGGCUAGGAAAGGCGCUGGUCAUGAAAGUGAUUUGGAAUGGCUUCUGAAAUUCUUACAAGAAGAAAUUGAAACUAUUGAAAGAUCUGAGACAUUUAAAGAUGUUACUUCUAGGAAACCAGAAAAUCCUAGUGUAUCUGAAGAAAAAAGAAACUGGCACUCUAAGGGCUCAAGGGAGAAGGUAACCUCUGCAUCUGCUCUGCAUACCUCAUCAGAGGUUGAAUAUCCUAUCUGUGGAUUUUGUGCUAAAAAACAUAAAACAGAAAAUUGUUAUGAAACCUUGAAAUUGAAGGGACACAGCGUGCUGAGAAAAUAA